AUGACCCGGAACAGAAAGUGUGUCACCGGCGCUGUUGCCUUUUCUUUUCCGCUCAGACCUCAACACUGGUAGGAGCGUGGAUUUCAUCAUCUAGGCUCACAAAAGCACCAAAAAUGAGCGUCCCGGCCUUUAUCGACAUCACAGAAGAAGACCAGGCUUCAGAGCUGAGAGCCUACAUCAAGUCUAAAGGAGCUGAUAUCUCUGAAGAGAACGCUGAAGGUGGACUUCAUGUAGAUCUGGCUCAGAUCAUCGAGGCGUGUGACGUCUGCCUCAAGGAUGAUGAUAAAGAUGUCGAGAGCGUCAUGAACAGCAUCGUAUCGCUCCUGUUGAUCCUGGAGACGGAGAAGCAGGAAGCUCUCAUUGAAAGUCUUUGCGAGAAACUGGUGAAGUUCCGAGAAGGAGAGAGACCCUCCCUCAGGAUGCAGCUGCUAAGUAACCUGUUCCAUGGCAUGGAUGAGAACACUCCAGUGAGGUACACCGUCUUCUGUAGCCUCAUCAAGGUGGCUGCCACCUGCAAUGCCAUUUCCUUCAUCCCCACUGACCUUGAUCAGGUGCGCAAAUGGAUUGUUGACUGGAACCUGAACACAGAGAAGAAGCACACACUUUUGAGGCUUGUGUAUGAAGCAUUGGUUGACUGCAAAAAAAGUGAGGCUGCAGCAAAAGUGAUGGUUGAGCUGCUGGGAAGUUACACAGAAGAUAAUGCUUCACAAGCGCGUGUGGAUGCCCACAGAUGUAUUGUCCGUGCUCUCAAAGACCCCAACACCUUCCUGUUUGACCACCUGCUCACCCUGAAACCUGUUCGCUUCCUGGAGGGAGAGCUCAUCCAUGAUCUAUUAACCAUCUUUGUGAGUGCAAAACUAGCAGCAUAUGUCAAAUUUUACCAGAGUAACAAAGACUUCAUUGAUUCUCUUGGCCUGUCUCACGAGCAAAACAUGGCCAAGAUGCGUCUGCUGACAUUCAUGGGCAUGGCGGUGGAAUUCAAGGAGAUCUCCUUCGACACCAUGCAACAGGAACUGCAGAUUGGAGCUGAUGACGUUGAGGCUUUUGUCAUUGACGCUGUUCGGACCAAAAUGGUGUACUGCAAAAUCGAUCAGACACAGCAAAAAGUUGUUGUGAGCCACAGCACACAUCGCACCUUCGGCAAGCAACAGUGGCAGCAGCUGUCCGACAGCCUCAGUUCCUGGAAGGCCAACCUAGCGGCCGUCAAGACGAGCCUGCAAGCCCUGUCACCUUCUGCUUAAUUCAACCUUAACCCGACUUUCUUGACUGCCUAACCCUCGGUUCUUUACCGCUUUCCAGAUUGCUAGACUGAAAUGAUCAGUUUUUAUAUUCAUCUAAUAAAAGAUCAGUGAAGAUGA